UGCAGUAUGAAAUUGGCUGUUGCUAUGUCUUUGUGGGACUCCUCACCUACCUAUUGCUAAUGCCUAUGGAUAUCAUUGAUCCUGCUAUGAAGCACACGGUGAAAUUAGAUUACGUAAGAAAUAAGUUGAGUGAUCUACGCCAGGAUAAAAGAAUUAGAGAAUGGAUGAGCCUUAUGAUGAGUGGACAAAGUUUGCAUGAUAUCCAGACUCAUCCCUAUAUUAAUGAGCUUUCAAAUAUGUGUGAGAAAAUGACCACAGCUUUGUUUUCAUUGGAGAAAAAUGUGACAUUCAGACCGAAUCAGGCUAAAUAUCAAGAGCUCAAAACAGAAGCCAAGAGUUUUUACACAACGUGUGGCAGACCUGAUGAGAUCUUUGACUUGCACGAACUCCUCAAUGACUCCCGCAAAAAGCAUGACGGGAAGAAGUUGAGGGACUUGAACAGUAGAAUUGAUAAUUUGUGCAAGAAUGUAGAGAAUUACAUUGAAAGUGUGAGAAUGAGAUAUCCUGAAUAUUAUGAUGUGAUUUCCUUCUUUGUACUUGGGCUGGAACAGAUCAUAUUUGGAUUUCGCACAAUGACUCAUUCCCUGCUCUACAAAAAAAGCUGCGUUGUUUUUGAUUGUGAGAAAUUUCAAAAUGACAUCAACUGUUUCCUAAGCUGUGUUCCUACUUUUGCAACUGGUGCCGCCCUUUCUCCCUUGACAACAUCUACUUUGCUAAUCCAGGGUCAUCGCGAUGCAUUGACCUAUCUUUUGGCUUUAGGGCAGCUUCCAAUGGGCAAGCACCAGUACAAGCUCGUCAAGUCGUCCAUCUUGGAGACUAUCACAGAACUCAAGAUCCGCGGAGGAUACCUGGAAGGCAAAACGGGGGCCAUUUUGGACAACCUCAUAUCCGCCUUUGACGUUCUGGUUAAAAUCUGGACUCACGAGGAGGCCAAAGUGAAACAUGAAAAGGAAAAGAUGGAAGGCUUGUACAAGCAGAAGGUGCACAAAACAGAGAUGUCUGAAGAGGAAGAAAUAAACAGCAAAAUAGCGGCAAUGUUUCCGUCAUAUAGGAAGGAGUUUCAAGAUCUUCUUAAAUCUGAGGACGAUACAGAAGAUCAGCCAGUGGAGGACGAUCCCCCGGAGGAUGUCUUCACUUUUACCGCAAACGACUUAUACGAAAUCUCUCAACUCCAUGCCACUGCCAUAAGCUUGCUUUUCAAUGAAUACGAUGAAGCCUCCCUUGGAUCUUCUAGUCAGCUGGAUGUGGUCACUCCCUAUCUGCUGAGACACGACAUCUUGUGCGGACUUGUCUCGAACUAUGGGGACUAUCUUGAUGCUUCGCUCGAUGCCAAGCUGCUGCCUGGACAAUUGUUAAUGUGCAAUGAGCUGAAAAAGCCUGGUCCUAAAGACUUUGAUGCAUUGUUUGAUAUUUACAAAGACCCCUGUCCUGCCAAAGUUUCUGCUUUCUAUCCCAUUCUGAGUGAAUUGGCAGAUCAUGUUUCCCAGCUUCUUAAAGAGUUUGAAAACCAGCCGAUUUUGGUGCAGAUUCUGGUUGUCAUAAGACGUGUGUUGAGCUUUCCGAUAUCAGCUCCAAUCAUGAAAUUUGUUAUUGGAAUUGAACUCAUCAUAGAAACUGCUCAGGUUGAAAGUACCGUUGCACAAACUCAAAGGCAGAUAGAGAAAGAAAUAAAGGAUUAUGUGAAAAUUUGUAGAUGGAAUGAUCGGAAUUACUACACCGUGAAACAGUCUGUUGAGAAAUCACACCGCUUUGUUGUGAAACACAUUAAAACGUUUGAAGAUGCUUUAAAAAAGCCAGCAAGACAACUGUUUGUUCUCCCUUCAAAAGAAGAUGCUGUUUCUUCUGAAGAUCCUUGGACAUUGAGUAUUAAAUUAGAAAAAAGAUCAAACGAGCAACAUCAGUUGAAGCACUUUGCCAACAGGCCGGAAAAAGUUUUCCAGAAAAUUCCAAAAUGCUAUGGAAAAACGAAAAAAAUUGUACGGAAAAUGUCAAAAUCGUUCCCACCUAUCAAUCAUAUAAAUAACUUCAAUGAUUUCUGUGGCAAUGUUAUCGAGGCCCUUCAAAUUGCCAGCACAACAACUGGAAAGGCUCGUUGCACAAGAUCACGGGAAAAGAAGCAAGUCCUUCAGGCCAUUCAGAAUAAGAAGCAAAUGCUAUCAACAUUAUUUAAAAAUUUAAAAGUUAUGGGUCUCUCAUACAGAAAGGGGAAAAUUAACUCCGGAGACAAACGUGUCACUGACACUACAACAGUAGUGCCUCCUCUGGAUGUGCUCAAGAUGGAGAUUUUAAAGUCUGACGAAUCUUUCAAAGAAAUGGUUUUAAAAUCAGCCAGUGAUACAGAUCAUUACUUUUUCAAGUGCAUUGCUCAAUAUAAUCAUUUGACACAAUUAAUGGCGUCUCCAUGCAAAGACUUGACUUUGGAUAUUAUUCAUAGAAUUGAAGGUUAUAGCUCUGACCUGUUAUGUAUAGUUUCGACCCAGCGUGAGAACAUUUCUACCAUUAUGAAGAAAAUAGACAAAGUGGGCUGCUUUGUCGAAAACAUGAAGACUUUGUAUGAAAAACGAAAAUCUAAGAGUUAUCUCGAUGACAAGGUAUCCAUUCCUUCCCAAAAGAUUUUCAAGAAGAAUAAAGAAGAGUUUAUAGAUUGCUUUGUGAAGAUCCGAACAGCUCUUAGUGAGUUCAGAGCCCUCAUGGAAUGUGCUCCCUCCAAAAACACCAUACCUGAUAAUCUCAAUCAGAUACUGAUGGAAUUCUCGACUGAUAGAUAUUACUAA